CGGUGAGGGCCCACUUGGUGAAUAUCUGAAUGGGCUGCAACCUAGUCUACAAAAUCUUCAUGCAUCUGUCUCUUUACAGUUCUUUACUUGCUUUUGAGACAAACAACCACAACCCAAAUGAACCCUCUUGCUUAAUUUAAUCUCUUGCAUUGUCCCACCAACAAUCAAAGAAUCUCCGGCCCUUUUUCAUGCAUAUAAAUACUCCAUAAAUGUCUACUUUUACUAGAUAUUUCAACCUUACCAUAACGUUUAGGACAGCUUUCUUAACGUGUAAGAGUGUUGCUCAGCUUAGAGUUCUAGCAACUGUUGAGGUUUUGAGAGUGAGUUGUUACAAGAACAAGGAAUGGCUAGUGGGAGUGGGACCAAAGAUGAGGUUGGCCCACCGAGAUCACUCUCUAGGACCAUGUCUCGGAUGCCUACUAUGAUUGAUCCUUACCCUGAUGAACCUGCCGUUGAUAGUGAGCUUGUUCCCUCUUCUCUUGCCUCCAUUGCCCCUAUUCUUCGUGUCGCUAAUGAAGUCGAAAAGGAGAACCCUAGGGUUGCUUAUUUGUGCCGUUUCCAUGCAUUUGAAAAGGCUCAUGGGAUGGAUCCAAAGUCGAGUGGACGCGGUGUGCGACAAUUCAAGACCUAUUUGUUACAUAGACUUGAGAAGGAGGAAGUGGACACAAAACCACAACUUGCAAAAAACGAUCCCAGAGAGAUCCAGAAAUAUUACCAGUACUUUUAUGAGAACAAUAUCAGAGAGGGCCAAUAUACAAAAAAACCGGAGGAGAUGGCUAAGAUUUAUCAGAUAGCAACUGUAUUGUAUGAUGUGCUGAGAACAGUUGUUCCUUCUGCAAAAGUUGAUGCAGAGACCCAGAAAUAUGCCAAGGAAGUUGAGGAGAAAAAAGAGCAACACGAGCAUUAUAACAUUCUUCCCUUGUAUGCUGUCGGAGUCAAACCAGCAAUUAUGGAACUCCCAGAGAUUAAGGCAGCACUUCGGGCUUUGCGAAAUGUAGGAAAUCUUCCAGUACUCAGGAUGCCGGAAGACACAGAUAAAUCUGUCACUGAUAUACUGGAAUGGCUUUCUACUAUCUUUGGAUUCCAGAAAGGAAAUGUAGCUAAUCAGCGGGAGCACUUGAUAUUACUACUUGCCAACAUUGACUCGAGGAAUAAAAAUUCUGAUAAUUAUGAGCUGUUGGAUAACAAUACUGUAGAUCUGUUGAUGGAUAAAAUUUUCAAGAAUUAUAGAUCAUGGUGUGCCUAUUUGCACUGUCCAUCCAAUAUUAGUUUUCCACACGAUUCUGCUAGGCAGCAACUAGAACUUAUCUACAUUGGCCUUUUUCUUCUUAUUUGGGGUGAAGCAUCAAAUAUUCGAUUUAUGCCCGAGUGCAUAUGCUAUAUAUUCCAUAAGAUGUCAAACGAAAUCCAUGGAAUAUUGUAUAGCAAUGUCCAGCCAGUAAGUGGAGGUGCAUAUCAAUCAGCACCACGUGAUGAAGAAUCUUUUCUUCGAGAGGUUGUAACCCCUAUUUAUGAAGUCCUGCGCAAGGAAGCAAGGAGAAACAAAAAUGGCAAAGCAAGCCAUUCAUCAUGGAGAAACUAUGACGACCUGAAUGAAUAUUUCUGGACUGACAAAUGUUUUAAGCUUGGAUGGCCAAUGGACACCAAGGCCGACUUUUUUGUGCAACCCGAUGAGCCAGCUGCUAAUUCAGCAAUGUCUGGAACAUUGGCGGAGGCAGGAAAUCACCCCAGGGAAAGCAAUCAGGUUACAACUGGAAAGAGGAAACCCAAGACCAAUUUCGUUGAAAUUCGAACAUUUUUGCAUCUAUAUAGAAGUUUUGAUCGGAUGUGGAUAUUUUUCAUACUGGCACUUCAGGCCAUGGUGAUUGUUGCAUGGAAUCAUAAUGGAUCUCUUGCUGUCAUAUUUAAAGCUGAUGUUUUUAAAAGCAUUUUAAGCAUUUUUGUUACUCUUGCUUUCCUCAACUUUCUGCAAGCUACUCUAGAUAUAAUCCUUAGCUUUAAUGCUUGGAGAAGCUUGAAAUGGAGUCAGAUCCUUCGUUACCUUUUGAAAUUCAUUGUGGCCGCAUUUUGGGUUGUACUCCUGUCAGUUAGUUACUCAAGAUCGUUCCAAAACCCUACAGGAGUUGUGAAAUUUUUCAGUACCUUGGGAGGAAACUGGCAAGAUCAAUCAGUUUUUACCUAUUGUGUUGCAAUUUAUCUUAUACCGAACCUUUUGGCAGCCUUAAUGUUUCUGCUUCCUCCGUUGCGGAGAUCCAUGGAGCGCUCAAACUGGCGAAUAAUUAGUCUUCUUAUGUGGUGGGCCCAGCCAAAGCUCUAUGUUGGAAGAGGCAUGCAUGAAGACAUGUUUUCCCUUCUAAAGUACACUAUAUUUUGGAUUACGCUGUUAAUAAGCAAGCUAGCAUUCAGCUACUAUGUGGAGAUACUGCCAUUGGUUGCACCCACAAAAGUGAUCAUGAGGGUAAAUGUUGGUAAUUAUGAAUGGCACGAGUUCUUUCCAAAUGGAACUCACAAUAUUGGCAUCGUCAUUGCUAUAUGGACUCCUGUUGUCAUGGUCUAUUUCAUGGAUACACAGAUAUGGUAUGCAAUUUAUGCAACGAUUAUUGGAGGGGUUAAUGGAGCGUUCAGCCACCUGGGUGAGGUUCGGACGCUUGGGAUGUUGCGCUCUCGAUUUGAUUCUGUACCUUCAGCUUUCCGUAAACGUCUUGUUCCAUACAAUAAAGAAAUUGCCAGGAUAGAGCUUAUGGAUGAUCCAACGGGUAAAAAGAGUUCUGCAAAAUUUUCCCAAGUGUGGAAUGAAUUUAUAUUCUCUAUGAGAAUGGAGGACCUUAUAAGCAAUAGGGAGAGAGAUCUGCUACUUGUACCAUAUACAUCGAACACUACAGUCUCAGUGGUCCAGUGGCCUCCUUUCUUGCUUGCUAGUAAGAUUCCAAUUGCAUUGGACAUGGCAAAAGAUUUUAAGAAGAAAGAGGAUGCUGAUUUGUUUAGGAAGAUCACAGCUGAUCAUUAUAUGCGUUCAGCAAUCAUAGAAUGUUAUGAGACAUUAAGGGAGGUGCUAUAUGGCCUUCUAGAAGAUCAAGGAGAUAAAAUGAUCAUUAGGCAGAUAUGUCAUGAAGUGGAUCUUAGCAUACAACAGAGGAGAUUCUUAAACGAAUUUCGGAUGAGUGGUUUGCCUUUACUUAAUGACAAGUUAGAGAAGUUCUUAAAUCUUCUGCUAGAAGAUUAUGAAGAUGUCGAGCAAUACAAAUCGACAAUCAUUAACGUACUCCAAGAUAUUAUGGAGAUUAUUACGCAAGAUGUUAUGUACAGUGGACACGAGAUCCUUGAAAAGUCUCACUCAGACCAUCUGGAUAAUCAAGAUAGCAAAAAGGAAAAGUUUGAGAGCAUUAAUAUUCGCCUCACUCAAAAUCGAUCCUGGAGAGAGAAGGUUGUUAGACUUCAUUUGCUUCUCACAGUCAAGGAAUCUGCCAUCAAUGUGCCUAUGAAUAUAGAAGCUCGUCGUCGCAUCACUUUUUUCACAAAUUCCUUAUACAUGAGUAUGCCAAGUGCUCCAAAAGUUCGCGACAUGCUCUCUUUUAGCGUUUUGACUCCAUAUUACAAGGAAGAUGUCCUUUAUUCAGAGGACGAGCUUAAUAAGGAAAAUGAGGAUGGGAUAUCAAUAUUGUUUUAUCUUCAGAAAAUAUAUCCAGAUGAAUGGAAGAAUUUUGAGGACCGUAUUAAAGAUCCAAAACUUGGAUAUUCUCCCAAAGAUAUGGCUGAGUUAACACGCCAGUGGGUUUCAUACAGGGGCCAGACACUUUCAAGAACAGUGAGAGGAAUGAUGUACUACAGGGAAGCUCUUGAACUACAAUGCUUCUUGGACUUUGCCGGGGAUAAUGCUAUCUUUGGUGGUUAUCGGACUAUUGAUAUGACUGAACACAAAAAUCUCAAGGAACAUGCCCAAGCUUUGGCAGAUUUGAAGUUUACCUAUGUUGUAUCUUGUCAGGUUUACGGUGCGCAGAAAAAGUCCAGUGAUAGUCGAGAUCACAGUUGUUACUCCAACAUUUUGAAUCUCAUGCUAACGUAUCCAUCUUUGCGUGUAGCGUAUAUUGAUGAAAGAGAGGAACCUCUUGAUGGAAAAUCUAAAAAAGUGUACUACUCUGUUCUUGUCAAGGGUGGGGAUAAGUUGGACGAGGAAAUAUACCGAAUCAAGCUUCCUGGUUCUCCAACUGAAAUAGGUGAAGGAAAACCUGAAAAUCAGAAUCAUGCCAUCAUAUUCACACGUGGGGAAGCCCUUCAGACCAUCGACAUGAAUCAGGAUAAUUACUUUGAGGAAGCUUUCAAAAUGAGAAACGUACUUGAGGAAUUUUUGAAAACUCAUCACGGGACGAGAAGACCAACAAUAUUGGGAUUGAGAGAGCAUAUUUUUACGGGAAGUGUUUCUUCUUUAGCUUGGUUUAUGUCGAAUCAGGAGACUAGUUUUGUAACUAUUGGUCAAAGAGUAUUGGCAGAUCCGCUAAGAGUUCGCUUCCACUAUGGACAUCCUGAUAUAUUUGACAGACUCUUCCACUUAACAAGGGGUGGCAUAAGUAAAGCUUCAAAAAUAGUUAACUUGAGUGAGGACAUAUUUUCAGGUUACAAUUCGAUUCUUCGAGGUGGUUAUAUCACACAUCACGAGUAUAUACAAGUAGGGAAGGGCCGGGAUGUGGGAAUGAAUCAAAUAUCUCAAUUUGAAGCUAAGGUUGCAAAUGGAAAUGGAGAGCAGACACUAAGUCGUGAUGUUUAUCGACUUGGACGCCGGUUUGACUUUUAUAGGAUGCUCUCAUUCUACUUCACCACUGUUGGUUUCUACUUCAGCAGCAUGGUCACUGUGCUCAUUGUAUAUGUUUUUUUAUAUGGUCGUCUUUAUAUGGUGCUGAGUGGGUUGGAAAAGCGUAUUAUUAACAAUCCAGAUCUUCAUAUAAGCAAGUCUCUGGAAGAGGCUUUGGCUCCCCAGUCUGUAAAUCAGCUGGGCUUGUUGCUUGUGCUACCUAUGGUCAUGGAAAUUGGUUUGGAGAGAGGGUUUCGCACAGCUGUUGGUGAUUUCAUAAUUAUGCAGCUACAGUUAGCCUCUGUGUUCUUUACUUUCCAGCUUGGGACGAAAGCUCAUUACUAUGGUAGAACUAUUCUGCAUGGAGGCUCUAAGUAUCGAGCUACAGGCCGUGGGUUUGUUGUUUUCCAUGCAAAAUUUGCUGAUAAUUACAGGCUUUACUCACGCAGUCAUUUUGUGAAAGGGUUGGAGAUGGCUAUAUUAUUGAUCAUCUAUCGAGUCUAUGGGGAAUCAUAUCGUAGUUCAAGUCUAAACUUGUUUAUUACUCUUUCAAUGUGGUUUCUGGUGGGAUCCUGGUUGUUUGCUCCUUUUGUAUUCAAUCCUUCAGGAUUUGACUGGCAGAAAACAGUGGAUGAUUGGGCAGACUGGAAGAGGUGGAUGGGAAAUCGGGGUGGUAUUGGUAUUGCUCCUGAUAAAAGCUGGGAGUCAUGGUGGGAUGGAGAGCAAGAGCAUUUAAAAAGCACAAACCUGAGGAGUAGAGUGCUUGAGAUAAUCCUUGCACUUCGUUUCUUUAUUUACCAAUAUGGCAUCGUCUAUCAUCUUGAUAUAGCUCGUGAAAGCAAGAAUAUAGCUGUCUAUGGUCUUUCUUGGUUCGUCAUGGCAACUAUCCUUCUGGUACUAAAGCUGCUAUCGAUGGGAAGACGGAAGUUUGGCACUGACUUUCAGCUCAUGUUCAGGAUUGUGAAGGUGCUUUUGUUCUUUGGAUUUGUAACAGUUAUGACCAUCUUAUUUCUUGUAUGUGGACUCACUAUAACGGACAUAUUUGCUGCUCUCCUUGCUUUCGCUCCCACUGGGUGGGCCUUUCUCUUGAUCGGCCAAGCAUGUAGGCCUGCUUUGAAAGGUAUAGGGUUCUGGAAUUCCUUAAUGGAGUUGGCUAGGGCAUAUGAAUGCAUGAUGUCUCUGGUGAUAUUCAUGCCAAUAGUUAUAUUAUCCUGGUUCCCUUUCGUAUCGGAGUUCCAAAUAAGGCUGCUCUUCAAUCAAGCUUUCAGCAGAGGCCUCCAGAUUUCGAUGAUUCUUGCAGGAAAAAAAGACAAGAAAUCAAACACUUAAAAUUUCCCAUAUUGAAGUCCACUUAUAUUACAUUCUAUUUAAUUCUGAGUCUUGUAUAUAGGAGCUAGCUAGUUAUCAAGAAAUUGUAUAAGAACAUAGAAUACCACACAACACAGCAGAUAUGUUAGAAUUAGUACCUUGGUGUAAUAUUACAGCUCAUUCUUGUCUGA